UCUUCUACAGAGUCAUUAGUUCAGAGACGUCAGUUGAGGGCGUGAGAGCGAGAGACAGAGACGCAGAGACACGAUGGUUGAAUUCAGACGGAUUAAUACGACUUUAGUGGUGAUACUGCUGCUUCAGUUUACAGCAGUCACUGGAAAAACUUCCCUCUCCCUCACUGUCAGAGCUGGACAUAGUGUCACUUUGCCUUGUGAACAUGUGAUAAAACAUCAGCACAAAUGUGACAGUACUAUCUGGCUCUACAGUCGUGAUAAGGAAACACUUAAAGAGCUGAUUAAUCUUGGGCUGAUAAGUAAAAACGAGAUUCCCAAAGCUAAAUCACACAGACUGAAUGUCACAGAAAACUGUUCUCUGGUUAUAAAAAAUAUCACACGUGAGGAUGCUGGUCGUUACACCUGCAGACAGUUCAAAUCAGGAAAACAACAAGGUCCAGACUCUCAGGUUCUUCUGUCUGUUAUUGACACUUCAGUGACUGAGGAUAAAAACAAUGAUAUGAUCACCUUGUUCUGCUCUGUGUUGACAUACACACGGUGUAAACACACAGUGAAGUGGGUGUACGAGGGUAAUCAGAGUGACGUGGAGAGAAGACCAGCUGCCUGUUCAUCCAUAGUGACAUUUGCUUCUCAUCUUGAUCAAAAGUUGCUGAAGUGUAACGUGACAGAUACUGAGACUGGAGAAACGCAGCUGUGUGAUGCUGGACCCCAGUCCUCAGGUCAGAAAACGGGAAGCACACCAGCAGGGAGAAAUGAUCCCCCAGGACAAGAUUGGUUGAGGAUCAUCAUCGUGUCUGUCGGUUUAGCACCGCUCAUAAUAAUUGUGGUGACGGUCACGAUAUGGACGAGAGCUAAAGGGAACAAAGCACAGACGGAUGAUAAUGCUGUGCAUAAUGAUGAAGAUGAAGGUGUAGUGACCUAUGAAAACGUUGGAGAACCUUCUGCUUCCAUCAGACUCCACUGAUCAACAAGUUCAACAUCAAAACAAACUCGUAAAGAAAAGUAAAGAAACGUGUAACAUAAUAUUAGGUCGUUUCCUAUUUGUUGUAAAAAGUAAGUCUAAAUUGGCUUCAACUUUAAAAACAAAAAAUUACGUUUUUCCAAGUUUUUGAACGUUUUAUUCACUUUUCUUUGUCUGGGUUUAAAUUAACUUUAAGUCUCUUAACAAUAAGUAAUAGUUAAUUUAAUCUAUGAAAAGAAAUUGCCAAAAACUUGUGAUGUACUGUAAUCGAGAGUAGUUCCUUAAAUGUUGAAAAACGUCAGUUUAAGGCUCACAUUUAAAACAAUUAGUAUAGUAACAUUUUAUUCCUUUCUUUUUCCAGCUUAAGCUUUAUG